GAAGAAGUACUUGUAUUCAUCCUCCUCGAGACAAUCACAUCCCCUACCUUACCUACCAACCAUGUCGGCAUCACCACCACCACAAGGAAUCUACGUUCCCGUGCCGACCUUCUUCGCCAAAGAGGGCAGCGCCAACUACGACCACGUCUCACCACCCCUCGAUCUCGACACACAAUCCGCACACUCUCUCUUCUUAGUCAAGGGCGGCGUGAAGGGUCUGGUCAUCUUGGGCAGCACAGGAGAGGCCAUCUUCGUACGCAAUUCCGAGCGUCACGAGUUGAUCAAGAGCCAGAGAAAGACAUUGGACGAUGCGGGCUACAAGGACCGUCCCAUUAUUGCGGGCACGGCGACACAGAAUAUUGAUGAUACCGUAGACAUGAUCAAGGACAGUCAGGCCGCAGGUGCCGAGUAUGCCAUGGUUCUCGGUCCAGCCUACUUUGCACCCGCAACGAGCCAGGCAGGUCUGCAGAAGUGGUUUGAAGUGGUAGCAGACCGUUCGCCUAUUCCCAUUCUGAUUUACCAUUACCCCGGCGUGACCAACAACCUGUACAUUGCUCCGGCGACGUUUGAGAAGCUCGCAGCACACCCCAACAUCGUAGGCACGAAGCUGUCCCACGGCAUCAUUGACGAUCAAACCUUGAUCGCGGCAUCACCCAAGAUUGACCACGAGCACUUUUAUCUCUUCACUGGUCUCGGCCAGAAUCUGCUACCCGUCCUGACCAUUGGUGGUGUAGCAGCCAUCGAUGGCCUCGCCGGCUGUUUCCCACGAGUGGUCGUCCGGCUCUACCGCACGUUUGUCGAAAGCUCAGUCAAAGGCACGAGCAAGGAAGAUAUGGCGUUGAUGCGUGAUUUGCAAUUCCGCAUUUGCGAGGGCGAGAAACUCAUUGCCACGUGGGGUCCGGUCGGUAUGAAGGAGGCGAUUGCCCGCAUGUGGGGCAUGGGCAGCAACAAGGGCAACCGUCUUCCACUGGCAGGAGGUUUCCCUGAUGGCGACCACGAGUGGACGAGUAAGUGGGAGAAGGUGUUUAAUGGCCUGCGCGAUUUGGAGAAGCAAUUCGAGGCCGAAGGCAAGGAAAGCUAGAAAUCUCAUCUUUGUCAAUUUAGCAAGUCAGCAAGCAAGCGAGCGAGCACCUCGUACAUGUACCGGACACGAUAC